AUGGAACCUGGAAGAUACAAUGCGGCUAUAAAAGCAUGUGCGUUGGAUAAAGACAUGAACGGUUUUGGACAUGGUGACCUCACAGAAAUAGGACAAAGAGGGAUUAACUUAAGCGGAGGACAAAAGCAAAGGAUUCAGCUGUCCCGUGCUGUCUAUGCAGGCGCUGAUGUUUACCUCCUUAAUGACCCUUUUAGUGCUGUGGAUGCUCAUACAGCUGGAAUUCUUUUUCAUAAAUGUGUUGAAGAUGCGCUGAAGGGAAAAACUGUCAUUCUGGUCACUCACCAAGUCGAGUUUCUCUCAGAAGUUGAUCAAAUUCUGGUUAUGGAGGAAGGAAGAAUUACUCAGCUAGGCCCACCGACUAGCGCCUAG